AGCGUCAGCCUUGAACAAACCACACCCUUAUUUUAAUGCUGAGAGGCACGCUGAAUUUCCCUUUGAAGCCAGCCUAUCCAGAGCAGAGCAGAUAUCCUCUCUCUAUCUAGAAGGGGAGCAGAGCUAAGAUCAUCUCUAUUUCUCUCUCUCUCCGAAAAGCAAAGGCUUGUGUUCGUUAUCAAAUCAUGACCGCCACUAGCAAGAUCAAGUCUGUGGACUUUUACAGGAAAAUUCCCAGAGAUCUGACUGAGGCAUCACUGUCAGGUGCAGGUUUAUCCAUCAUAGCAGCAUUCUCCAUGAUACUCUUAUUUGGGAUGGAAUUGAAUAGUUACUUGGCUGUCAGCACCACCACUACUGUUAUUGUAGAUAGGAGCAUGGAUGGCGAGUUCUUGCGCAUGGAAUUCAAUUUGAGUUUUCCUGCACUUUCUUGUGAGUUUGCUUCUGUUGAUGUGAGUGAUGUGCUGGGAACAAACAGGUUGAAUAUAACAAAGACACUGCAGAAAUUUUCAAUAGACCCUAAUUUGAGACCGACAGGUGCUGAAUUUCAUCCAGGACCAAUCCCAAAGGUGAACCAUGGGGAUGAAGUUGAUGAAGAAUAUGGAGAGGGGUCUGUUGUCUUGAGGGGAGACAAUUUUGACGCAUAUUCACAUCAGCAUGAGAUUUUGUUUGUCAACUUCUAUGCUCCUUGGUGUUAUUGGAGUAAUCGUUUGAAACCUUCAUGGGAGAAGGCAGCUAAAAUAAUAAAAGAAAGAUAUGAUCUUGAAGAAGAUGGGCGGAUUCUUGUAGGCAAAGUUGAUUGCACUAAAGAUAUUGAGUUAUGCAAGAGCCAUCAUAUCCAGGGGUAUCCAUCGAUUAGAAUUUUUCGCAAAGGAAGUGAUGUAAGGGACAAUCAUGGGCACCAUGACCAUGAAUCAUAUUAUGGAGACCGAGACACAGGUAGCCUAGUUGCGACAAUGGAGUCACUAGUUGCUCCUAUACCAUUGGAAUCACAUAAACUUGCAUUGGAGGACAAAUCCAACAGAACUUCAGAUUCAGUCAAGCGUCCUGCACCAUUGACAGGAGGAUGCAGAAUAGAAGGAUUUGUGCGUGUUAAGAAGGUCCCUGGGAACCUUGUCAUCUCAGCUCAUUCAGGAGCCCAUUCAUUCGAUGCCUCCAUGAUGAAUAUGUCGCACUAUAUUUCCCAUCUUUCAUUUGGUAAAAGACUUUCAUUGAGCAUGAUUUCUGAAGUAAAUCGUCUCUCACCUUAUGUUGGCGGAAGUGUCGAUCGACUGACAGGAAAGUCAUAUAUGACAAACCAAGGAGAUGCUAAUGCCAAUGUUACUAUUGAACAUUACCUUCAAAUAGUGAAGACUGAGGUGGUAUCACGGAAGAAAAGUAAAGAAUUUAAGUUGUUAGAGGAGUACGAAUACACUGCUCAUAGCAGUUUGGUGCACAGUCCAGAUAUCCCUGUCGCUAAGUUCCAUUUUGAGCUCUCACCCAUGCAGGUCCUGGUGACUGAAAAUCCAAGGUCAUUUUCACAUUUCAUCACAAAUGUCUGUGCAAUUAUUGGUGGUGUUUUCACGGUUGCCGGUAUCUUGGAUUCAAUUUUGCAAAAUACAAUCCGGUUAGUGAAGAAAGUUGAACUAGGAAAGCAGUUCUGACCAGAAGAGGUGAUUCUUUCGUUAUAAGGUCUAAUCUAAUUUUACUAUAUUAAUCAUGGAUUAGGGGUGUUGCAGCCAUCAUCUGUAUGUUGCGCCCCUAGAGCAGAAAACAUGUCUCGAGUAUAGUGGAUCAAUAUAUGAGUUCCUCAUUGCAAGUGUUA